ACCAGACCAGAGCAUAGAUUACCACCAUCCCUCGUCUUUAAUGGCCUCAUCAGCAGCGGUUGCGCCGUGCAGAUUCCUGUCCCCGCUAGCCACCACCUCCCGCACUCUCCUAUCAUCUAUCCUACCCACACCGGCGACAACGAGGAGGAGGCCGCUCAUCUCCUCCACAACCGCCAUUUGCGCCGCCGCCAUGGCCGCCUCCGGCAAGGCCGGCUCCGCUUCUUGCAAGGUCGUGGACUCCCACCUCCACGUCUGGGCCUCGCCGCUGCAGGCUGCCGAGGAUUACCCCUUUUUCCCGGGCCAGGAGCCGACGCUCCGGGGUGACGUGGACUUCUUGCUCGAGUGCAUGGAUGAAGCUGGAGUUGAUGGCGCACUCAUUGUUCAACCUAUCAAUCAUAUGUUUGACCACUCUUUAGUAACUAGUGUGUUGAAGAAGUAUCCAUCAAAAUUUAUUGGUUGCUGCCUCGCAAAUCCCGCGGAUGACAGAAGCGGCAUUAAACAGCUUGAACAUCUGAUUGUGCAAGAAAAAUGCCGUGCUGUCCGUUUCAACCCGAAUUUAUGGCCUUCAGGUCAAAAGAUGACUAAUGAGGUCGGGAGGUCAUUGUUUGCUAAGGCUGGAGAACUUGGAGCACCAGUUGGAAUAAUGGUGAUGAAGGGGAUCAGUUCAUAUAUUCAGGAAAUAGAGGAGCUGUGUACGGAUUAUCCUGCAACUACUGUUAUAUUUGAUCAUAUGGCUUUCUGCAAACCACCAACGAAUGAUGAUGAAGAAAAGGCAUUCUCUUCAUUUCUAAACUUAUCCAGAUUCCCACAGGUACCUUUCUUAAUUCUGUUCCCUUGUACAGGAAUAUUUCCAUUAUAUGUCAAGGUUUACGUCAAAUACAGUGCUCUUUUCCGGAUCACAAGAGAAGCUUAUCCGUAUGAGGACACGUCUCAGCUUCUUUCUCGGGUGAUCUCCAGCUAUGGAGCUAACCGAAUAAUGUGGGGAAGUGACUUCCCCUACGUCGUUCCUGAAUGUGGCUACAAAGGAGCAAAGGAGGCAAUCUCUCAUGUUGCUGGCAAGGUCGCCGUUUCGUCUUCAGAUCUGGAGUGGAUUUUAGGCAAAACAGUAAGCCAACUGUUUCAAGGUGCAUGGGUUACUCCAUGAGGGAGAUGUGGCAUGGCAGGCAUGACAGUGUUGCGGCUCAGUUUGGUAUUGUUCAGUUUAGACAUCCUUGUUUGAAAGGGGGAAGGAUCUAUCUGGUUGGUAUUGUGCAGUUUGACAGUCAUGUUCAAGUGUGUACCCCUUCUCCAGAGGUUUAAUAAAUUCAAUAGUUCUUCCUACUGCGAACCUUUUCUGCUCCCCCACAAGAGUACAUAGUAUAUGAAAAAUAAAGACUUGUAUCACAAAAA